AUGGAUACGUACUUACCACAGAUAUGUGUUACUAAAAUAGACCAUUCUAACGACCUUCUAUCUUUGCGCAUCGAUAAUAUUGAUGCCUCAGUCGUUAAUGCACUUAGACGUACUAUUAUUUCUGAUUGUCCAACUAUAGCUAUUGAAUGGGUCUUUAUUAAAGAAAACAGCUCAGUAAUGGCUGAUGAAACAUUGGCCCAUCGCUUAGGUCUUGUUCCUCUGGUGGCAGAUCCUAAUUUACUUAAACCGGUUAUUAAGUCUGAUUCUUUCAAUCCGGAAAAGGAUACUAAUGAGAGUAAUUCAAUUACCUUGGAAUUAGCUAUCAAAAACACAACCCAACAAGUUAUGCCUAUCUAUUCCAGUCAUCUUAAAGUUACUUCUAGUCAUGCUAAUGUUACUGUUAAGGAAGGUAUUCUGAUUAGUCGGUUGGCACCUGGCCAGGAGUUUAAUUGUAAAAUGAUUGCUAUUCGUGGUAUUGGCCGGGAACAUGCUAAAUGGGCGCCUACUUCUAUUUGCUACUACCGCCAAGUUAAAACAGGUACUAUUAAUGAUCCUAGUCAGUUGCCCCAGAUAGAGAAGUACAUUCGGGCCGGUCUUGUUAAAACUCCUCAGCCUCAUCUUGAUGAAAACCACUUGCAAAUCAAUCCGGACGUUCUUACGGCUUUCCCUGGCGCUCUUUCCCUUAGUACGCGUGAGGAUAGUUUUAUCUUUGAAAUUGAGCCCAUCUCUGAAUCUCCGAUUUCUAUUAUAACGCGUUCACUUAAUGUGCUUGGUGAUAAACUGGAAGCUCUUCAUCAAGAGACUCUGGCUAAUCUACAUGGCUAA